AAGUCUUGCAGCGACUUAAAGAGGGUCUAUCCUAAUACAAAAAGUGGACCAUGUACCAUCUAUCCUGAUGGCGAAGGAGGGUCGCAACCAUAUAACGUCAUAUGUAACAUGACCGACAAGAACGAAAUUGGCGUGACAGUCGUUAGUCACGACAGCGAGAACAGGACGCUGGUGAACGGAUAUGAAAAAAAGGGAUCUUAUUCACGUGACAUACACUACCAAGGGGCGACCGUUUCUCAGUUGGUGGGUCUCAUCAACGUUUCUAAGCACUGUGAGCAGUUCAUCAAGUACGAGUGUUUAGCUUCUACAUUGAACGAUGGCUUUUGGGUUUCACGUGAUUCCGUGAAAAUGACUUAUUGGGGCGGAGCAACUCCUGAUCCAGAUAGUCCUAUGAAGUGCGCAUGCGGAAUGAAUAACACCUGCGCAAUUAAAGAUAAAGUUUGUAACUGUGUUGCGAAUGAAAACAACUGGCUGGAAGACAGCGGUCUCCUCACUGAAAAGACACAUCUACCGGUUAAACAGCUGAGGUUUGGCGAUACAGGUGACGACACCGAGCAAGGCUACCAUACCUUGGGAAAGUUAAAAUGUUACGGAAUCGUCUGA